CAACUACCUUCUCCCUCGCCCAUCCUGUCUUCACAGCUCUUUUCCCUUCACCGUCGCGUUUGUCCACUCUUCUUUUCUCCCACCCCUCCAUCUUCCUUUCUCUUGAUUUCGAUAUUUGCAAUCGAGGACUUGUGCACAUCCUACCUGAGACGGUGAAUACCCGUCUUAAGCCGGUGUGGGUCCUUUUUGUUUUUCGAGAAAUCAAAACAGAUUUUCUUUGCUUUCUCUCUUUCAGCGCGUCGAGCUGCUUCUCUGAGCAACACACGUUUGUGUCUAUUUUGUGAAAGCGCACCGUAGCAGAGCAUAUCGCCUGCUGUUAUUUGUUGAUACAAGCUUGUUAAUCACCCUUCGCACAAAUCUUGACAAGUUUUUAGUCUCCGGACAACUUCGAACGAAUGAACCUAUAAGCAUCAACCCAUACCAAACAUCAUGUCUUUCGGAUUCGGAGGAUUUGGUCAAAACAACCAGAGCUCCGGAUUUGGAGCUGGCUCUGGCUUCGGUGGAACGAGUUCUGGAGGAGGAUUUGGAGCGGGCACGCAGAACCAGUCAAACUCACUUUUUGGUAGCCAAAACCGGACUGGCGGCUUUGGGACUGGGACUUCAACCGGUGGAAGUCUCUUUGGAGGCGGCGCAGGAGCUACAACAGCAACAACUACUACUCCCAGUGGUGGUUUUGGUGGUUUCGGUUCAACCGGAAACACUGGAGGCUUCGGAAGCUCGAAUAACACCACCGGCGGAGGCCUCUUUGGCAACAAGACUGCCACUGGCACUGGUACUGGCACUGGCACCGGCUUUGGCAGUUCAACUGGUACAACAGGUGGCUUUGGCACAAGUGGCGGCUUUGGAAGCGGCACUGCUGGUUUUGGUAGUGGAAGUGGAACUGCAUUCCAGCAGGCCGUUCCUCCCUCAGAUGGUACUGGUAGCACGCCAUUUAGCCCUUUCACCGAAAAGGAUGGUAACACGAGUGUGACCAACCAUUAUCAAAGCAUUUCCUUCAUGCAACCAUACAACAAAUACUCAUUUGAGGAGCUACGUCUGGGUGACUACCAACAAGGCCGAAGAUUUGGGAAUGGGAGCGGACAGGCCGGUGCUUUUGGUACAUCAGCAUUCGGCGGAAGCGGUUUUGGUCAACAGCAGCAGUCGACUGGGUUUGGAAGCACGUCUUCCCCUUUCGGUGGCACCAGCGCCCCUGCCUUCGGCCAGACACAGACCCAAACCACUGGUGGAUUUGGCUCCACCUCUAGCAACCCUUUGUUUGGGUCCAAUAAACCGGCGACCUCUCUAUUUGGAGGAGGGGCCACCUCAACGGGAACGUCACAAUCCAGCUUAUUCGGCGGGGCCACCGCGACUUCCGGCGGCUUUGGCAAUACAGCCAACACCGGAGCUGGCUUUGGAACUGGUGGAACUGGUGGAACUGGUGGUCUCUUUGGCAACAACACCACUAAUAACCAGCAGCAACAACAAAACAAGUCUUUGUUUGGCGGAGGCGGUGCGUCUACUGGGGCAGGCUUUGGUGGCUUUGGACAGCAGAACACCAGUACGUCUACGCCGUUUGGUGGUACUGCUGCUACCUCGUCCCCGUUUGGCGGCGGUCAGCAGCAGCAGCAGACUACUGGGGGAAGCGCAUUUGGCGGGUUUGGCCAACAGAACCAACAGAACCAGACUCAGACUCAGAACAAAGGGCUGUUCGGCGGUUUCGGGCAAAACAACCAACAGCAACAGUCUUCGACACCUAGCCUGUUCGGAGGUGGCGCUGCUCCUACGGGGAGCUCUUCUCUCUUUGGCCAGAAUAACCAGCAGCCAUCGACUGGCACUUCCUUGUUUGGAGGUGGGAACCAGCAACCCGGAACUGGAUCUUUAUUCGGCGGUGGAACUCAGCAGCAAGGCCAAAAGAGUAGCCUCUUCGGGUCUGGCACCACUGGUACACCAACCGCGACGAACACAUUCGGAGGCUUUGGCAAUACUCAGAAUCAGCAGACCGGAACUGGUGGCCUGUUCAAUACACAAAACCAGCAACAGCAGAAGCCUAGUCUUUUCGGUGGGAGCACUGGCACCGGCGGUUCCCUGUUUGGAGGCGGUGCUACAACCACUCAGAACACGGGCUCCUCGCUUUUUGGUAACACACAAAACCAGCAGCAGCCGCAGACUGGGGGUCUCGGAAUGGGUACAUCCAGCCUCUUCGGUAACACGCAGCAAACACAAGCUCAACAGCAGCAACCUCAGCAGCCGGUGCCUGGCAGUCUGCAGGCCUCCCUCCUGGACCCAAACCCAUACGGGAACCAGUCCAUCUUCUCUGGUCUGCCCGCUCCAAGUGCUCCUAGCCCUGGUCCAUUGGCGACGCCGCUUGCUUCAUCUAUCAAGCAAAAACAACGCACCCCAUUGCCAGUUUACAAGAUUACACCCAACGCUGCUAACCGUCUCGUUACACCGCCAAAACGUCAAGGGUACGGGUUCUCUUAUUCGACUUAUGGAUCGCCUUCCAGCUCUACUGGUACUCCUGGCGGGCUCGGCAAUAGUCUUCUGGGUGGCAGCUUGCGUGGAAGUGUCAACGGUGGUCUUGGGCGCGCUAGCUUCAGCAAGAGCUUUUCUACGAGCAACCUUCGCAAAACCUUUGACCCUGAGACUGACAGUGUGUUGUCUCCAGGAGCUCUUUCCUCUGGCUCCUCUCGUUUGUCCAGCGGUAACCUGAAGCGCCUUACUAUUGACCGCAGCUUGCGGAACGAUCUAUUCUCACGACCUGCCAGUACACCUGCCGCUGCGAUUACGAAUUGCGAGGAUUCUGCUCAACCCACGGAUAAAGCUAAGAAGAAGGUUAGCUUUGAAUCUACCUCGGAUGCUACCACAGGAGGUGAGAUUGUGCCGGUACAGUCUCAACCCUCCGAGCCCACACCAGAAGAGCUCGGUUUCCUUCGCUCAAUUCGCAAGAGCAACACCGUCAACGGGCUCAAUGGAAUUAAAGAAAAUGGCACUCAGCCCGAGAUGGAAUCUGUCCGUGACAAGGAUCUUCCGGCUGUCCCGGAAGACUCUGAGCAGACCGCAGUUACGGAUGGUCAAUCACGGUUGGCUUUCGUCCCCAGCGGCGAUCCACAACCUGGCGAGUAUUGGAUGAAGCCAACCCGGGCUGAACUAAACAAGAUGGGCCGUGACCAGCUCAAGCAUGUUGUAGGCUUCACCGUCGGCCGUCAGCGUUGUGGUCAAGUGACAUUUGAUGAACCCGUUGACUUGACGAACAUUGAUCUGGAUCAAAUCUUCGGCGGUCUUGUUGACAUCGGCGUGCGGAAAAUUACAGUGUAUCCAGAUGAAGCAAUCAAACCUCCUAGGGGCAAAGGGCUGAACGUCCCAUCUAUCCUUCGAAUUGAAAAUUCCUGGCCGCGAGGGAGAGACAAGAAGUCCCCAUCACCUCUUACCAGCGGGCCUCUUUUUGAAAAACACGUCGAUCGCCUGAGGAAGGUACACAACACCGAAUUUAUCGAUUACGAAACGGAAACGGGAACAUGGGUUUUCAAGGUGCCUCAUUAUACUACAUAUGGCCUUGACUAUGAUAGCGAUGAUGAUGAUGAAGGUGAGAGCCUCAACCAAAGCACUUUGAGUGCUGCUCCUGACACACCGACUCCGAAGGCUCAUACUCCCACCAAUCUCGAUAAUACUGUGGCCUCGGAGCAGAUGUCCACCUUCUCGACAGAUGAUUCUUUUCUCGGUUCGGUGGCUGGUGUUGACGAUGACACGUUCGAUUUCAAAAAGCGUAAAUUAGUCCCAGGGUCGUUUGGCAACCAAGCCAUGGUAACAAUGGAAGAUGAACACUCGAACUCCGGCGAAGAUGAGGAGUCUUUUUUAGGGGAAGGCUCCACGGGUUCAACUACUGAGCAAGAAGGUGACGAUGUCACUGAAAGCCAGCAUUCUGGCGAAUCAGAAGUUGAAUUAGAUGAGGACGAGGAAAUGGACAUGGCGGGCACCUUUCCCUCACUUCAUCAUACCGUGGAGCGCGAUGAUACCAAAAGCAUCGUCAGCUUAAACGAAAACACACAGCCAUCCUUAAAACCAUGGAGUACACCACCCAAGGCUCGUCUUGAUCUUAGCGGUGACUGGGCUGCGCAGCUCCAACGAACCAUUAGUCCCAGGAAGCAGGACCGCGACGCACUGCGUGAAAUCCAGGCAAAUGCCUUCACGGACAGGGCUCUCCACGAUGAUGACACCCAAGAGCCUGUUGCAGACACUCGACAAAAAGGGUUUGCAACUAGUAUCGAUUUGAUGAACUCCUUGUUUCAACAACCGCGGAAGCAGCAGACACAAUCUCCUUCGAAGGCACGCAAUACGCAGCCUCGAGGCUUUGAGUGGCCGUAUAACAAAAAGCCGAAGACAUUCGCUGGCGACGCUAAUGAACUGAGCCAGGACGACCUUGCUUUCCACCACUCUUUCAAGCCGCGGUGGGGCCCAGCGGAUUCUAUAAUAUGUGUUAAGAACGGAAUGGGGGACAUCCAUUCCGCGGAUGGCCGUUGGGAGCAAAGGUUUUCUAUCACUAGCGAGGAGAGGGACAUCACUCUGCUGGCUUCUAACGAGUCUCCAGAGUCGAAUGUAAUGCUCGAUGCGCAAAAGAAGCAAACUACCAUAAGCCACGUUGAUGAUGUUCCUCUCGCUCGAUUGACCAAGGCUGAUUUCCAGCAAUUCGCACAGACGUCCUCCAGCUUGGCGGAUUCUGACCAAGAGCGAUUACUGUGGCAGUUGGUUAACAUUCUGUUCAAUGACGAAAUCGAAGAUGACAUUUCUGCCGGCGUUCCACCCCAGCUUCGGUCAAGGUUCAUUCACCGUAUCAAGAAGGAUCGUCUAAGUCGACUGUGGGAAGGUAUUGUCCGAGAAAAGCACGCACAUACUCUGGGCAAGGCCAGUUCGGCCGAGGAACAGGCUAUCUACUUACUUUGUUCGCAUCGGGUUGAGGAGGCCUGCAAUGUCUUGAUUGCCAGUCAAAAUCUUCACCUAGCUACUCUUAUCGCGCAAAUUGGUCGAGACCCUACCAGCCGUGCAGACAUGGCGAAACAAAUUGAGAUGUGGCAGCAGCAUAACGUUUAUUCAGAAAUGACCGAGCCUAUUCGAGCCCUGUACGAACUUCUGGCAGGCAACGCCCUCCGCAGUGAAGGUAAAUCAGGCGGCGCACUGGAGGAUCGUGCUUCUACGUUUACUCUCACCGAACGAUUUGGACUUGAUUGGAUCCAAGCAUUUGGUCUUCGUCUGUGGUACGGAGUCACUGAUGAUGAACCUAUUGAGGCCGCGGUUUCGAAAUUUCUCAACGAUCUUGGGACCGGCAACGAGCCCGCUUUCCCACACCCAUUCCGUCAGGAGAGUGCCCGGGAAUUAUCGCAUUCAGCAUCCGAUACACUUGGUCAGGAGUCGCCUUUGUGGGUUCUGCUUAAGCUCUACUCGAUGACUCUUGGAGCAGCUAAGGAUAUUCCGGUAAUGGAAUUCCCUGCUGCUCUGCUCCCGGAGUCCGUGAGCGGAGAUAAACUGUCGAACCGACUCUCCUUCCAGCUGUAUCAGCUCCUUGCCACUGCUGUCGGUCAACAUGACGGCUUUCAGAUUGAUACUUUCCACGUGGAUCAAAUGGUAUACGACUAUGCCUGGGAGCUCAGCCGUAGUGACCAGCUCGACCAGACUUUAUUUGUCUUACUCCACCUUUCACGAUCUGAAGAUCGUGAGCGUGCCGUGAAAGAGACCCUAGCGAGAUUCGCUUCGCGGCUGCCCGACCCAGCCACUCCUGAAGGAGCCCCAGAUACUACCUGGCACUACCUUACUACAGACCUGCAGAUUCCCGAAGGGUGGAUCUGGGUUGCCAAGGCACUUUACGCUCGGGAUACCGGAGACGCUGCCCGCGAGGUGGACUGCCUCGUCCGUGGUAAUAAUUGGGACGAUGCGCAUGCCACGUUCUGCCGCAUUGUUGGACCAACCGCCGUUAUCGAACGUGACUAUGCAACGUUGGAGAAGUUGGUGUCGGGCUUCGGCGAGGCCCCCGAGCGCAAGGUCAGAGGAUGGACCAGUGGCGGCGGUGUAUACGAGGAUUUCCUGCGCUUAGCAACAGCAAAGAGCAGCAAGCGGGAUGCCACUAGGCUGAAUCGCUUGGUGAAUGCGCUGGUUGCGAUGGGCAAUCAGAUUAGUCAAGGAUCGGGCGUCGAGGGAUUGGAGGAGCGUGUAGCUUUUAAGGAAAUGAGCCGGGCAAUUGCCAGCUGGACGGCACACGAAGAUAGCAAGGUGGUCGAGUUCUCGAGUGUGCUCAGUUUGCCUUUGACGGGCGAUGCGCGAAUCAUGCAGACCGCUGAAAUGAGUCGACGGUAUUACGGUAUCAUCAUGGCGGGUGCCUAUUAAGCGUCUUUUCUUCUGUUUUUUGUUCUUGCUACGUUUCUUUGGUGUCAUCCCUGUAACUUAGUGUAAAUUCUUCCCCGAUUAUAAUCCUUGGAUUCCGCAUUCUGCAGCCCUUUCAUGGUGCUUCAUGAUUUCUGUGUUAGCUUAGGUACUUUACGAUAGUGUGUUAGUAUGUGAAAUGCAUCUAAUAAGUCUCCAAACUA